AUGAAAUUCAAUAUCUUAAAAAUACUUAUUCUAUUCGGCAAGAUAUCAGGCUCUACAUUCGUAGUGGAAAAAGUCGAAAUUCUUGAGUUGGAAGAAAUAGAAAGAACCAUAUUGUUUCCUUUGAUCUUCUCUGGUACUAAUGCCGUCGUAUUACCGAAUACAAAGUUCGGAGAUCUGAGAAAAGGCACGCGUGAGGAAGUAUACGCUAAAGAAUUCAUCGAUCAUAUUGCAGACAUGGUAUUAUCAUUUACGUUUUAUGAUAUAUAUUUUGAAGGAAACAGGAGGCUUGAGGCGGUGUUUAGAAGAGAGAUGGGGGAUCAUUUGAGAAAAGUGUCUCAGGAUAUGUGGAAUAUAUACAUAAGAGGGAAAAGCACGUUUAGUGAGCUUUUAGAAAUGGCAUAUAAUAAAGUAUUCCAAUGCUAUGAAAAGACAGAGAGAAAUAGAAGAAUGACAAUACUUGGAAGAAGUCUCAUUGAGGAAGCUAGUAAAAUGAUGAAUGAGGUAUCUGAUAGUAUGGAUAGAAAAACAAGAGAUAAGGUAGAAUAUUUUUGUGAUCAUAUCAUUGACUGUGCAAAAAAAUGCUGUGAUAUAGAAAAAUGGAAAAAAGUAGUUUGUACAGAAAGUAUAGUGUGUAAUGCAUCCUCGAGUCUGUAUAGUAAGCUUCCUGAAGAGGAGCUUUUGGGGCUGCUGGCUGAGGGGUGCACUAGAAAAUCUCUCAGGGAAAAAGGACUUAGUGAAGAAGAACUCAGGAAAAGAGGAUACGCAGAAUAUAAUAUUAUUGAUACUGAAUUAUUUCUAGAUACGUAUGAUAGGUAUGGAUGUGAAGUUAUGGAAGAGCUAGUCAAGCAGCUGUUGAUGGGGAAGAAAGGAAAAGAAAUAAAUAAAAAGUAUGUUGAGAAGGUUGUUCGGGUUGUUGAUGAGAGGAGGAGAAGAAGGGAGAUGGAGGCCAGUAGGCAUGCGGCUGAG